AUGCGGCACUUGUGCCACGCCGCCGCCAUUCAGUCUGGCCGGCUCGCUGACACAGGCGCUGCACUUGACGUGCCGCACGUGCCGAUCACCCCCACUUCUCACCGACACUAUCUCCUACGCGCCGCUGAUGACGUAUAUACUUUCGCCACUACCAUACCGCUGCCUGUCGCAUCUCGCAUUCAACGCAAGUUUACCAACGAACUGAUCGAUGUAAUAAAGCGCGACGCUAUUAAGACAGUCGGAACCGAGGCGACAAGUUGUCUGCCCGUUACUACAUUGGGCAAUUUGGGCGGCGGUCGAAGAGCGGACGCUGAGCGACAAUUAUUUCCAUAUAACAUAAUCCUGGCGUUGCGAGGUGUGCGCUCUCGUGGGACGUAUUAUUCGGUCCGGCCGCGUCGGCCCCCGCUUAUGCUCACUGGAACGCUGGCCCCGUCACUCGCCUCCGGA